AUGACUGCAGACUUCAACACUCUGAACGUUGGAAGCCCAACGCGUGCGGCCCAUGUCCACCGGUCGCUCAAUACAACCCGCGCACUGGCGGAUCCUGGCUAUGCACACGCAGUCAUCUCGCAGUAUGCACAUCACAAGCUGGGCCGUGGUCGUAACAAGCCCCAAGUACAGGCCAAGCUGGAAGGGCUGGAGCGUGAGAUGCCCCACUUUGCCAACACGUUUUGCACGGUCCGCGACGAGCUUGGUCUCGCUCCCUCGCGUGUAGUCUCCCGCCGCCCUUCGGGUGCAGGCGAGCAGGUCCACACUGUCGCCGUUGCCGCCAGCACCGCCCAGCCCGCUUCGAUAGCUCCCUUGCUCGAGGUGCCCCCUCCCCCGCCUUACCGCGGCAAGGAGUGCUCAUGCGAGUGCACAUGUGGAGCUUCACGGGACCGUCAAGCUGGACCCGGCGAGCGUCUGGGCGAGAGUUCGCGGUCACGGUCCGGAUCGGACAGCUCGGACAGCUCGGGAAACGAGACGAGUCCCACCAACUCGUUGCUGUCGCUCCACGCCGUCCCACAUGUUCUUAUGGCUACACGCGACAGGAGUGAGAGCAACGCAAGCGGCUGA